AUGCGGUCUGUGCCGACAGUCCUCCUCUGCUUCAGCGGCCCGCAGAUCGUCUCCUCAUGGUCUGCGCCGGGCCAAGGGAGGUGUGCUGAAAGCGCCUGCAAGGCAGCGGCCUCUGCGGGGUGCAGGCUUGCCGCGCCCGCAUCAUCGGAGCGCUCGUUCCCGGCCUUCCAGACGGCCGCGGGCGCUGCCGCGCUGGCAGCGCUGUGGUCGCUGUCCCCGCUGACCCGAGGAAGGCAAAGAGCAGAGCGCCGCCCUCGUAUCGUUUUGUGUGCAGAGGCGGAGGAGGCUCCGCCGGCGGAGUCGAAGCAGGAGCAGGUCGUCACGCCCUGGGAGGUAGAGGCAGGCGAGGAUGGAGUCGAUUACGACAAACUCAUUGAGACCUUCGGUUGCCAGCCGAUUACUGCGGAACAGAUUGAGAGAGUAGAACGCCUCACGGGCAAGCGUGCCCACAGAUUUCUCCGACGCGGCCUCUUCUUCUCGCACCGGGAUUUGGACAGCCUCCUUGAUGCCUAUGAAAAAGGCGAGCCUUUCUACAUCUACACCGGCCGUGGUCCUUCUUCCGAGUCCCUCCACCUUGGCCACCUUGUGCCCUUCCUAUUCACGAAGUGGCUGCAAGAGGCUUUCGAUGUGCCUCUCGUCAUCGAGCUCACCGACGAUGAGAAGUUCCUCUUCAAGAAGGACCUUGGUAUCGAUGAGGCUCGGCGGCUAGCAUGGGAGAAUGCAAAGGACAUCAUCGCCUGCGGCUUCGACCCGGCGAAGACCUUUAUCUUCCGUGACACGGACUACAUCGGCCAGCUUUAUCCAGUCGCGCUGCAGAUCCAGAAGAGGGUGACGCUGCGAACUGCGCAGAACACCUUCGGCUUCACCCUUAGCGAUAACAUUGGCAAGUGCGCCUUCACUGCCAUCCAGGCAUCGCCUUCUUUCGCCAUCUCCUUCCCCGACUUCCUCAAGCCCGGAAUGCGGUGUUUCAUUCCGCAGGCCAUCGACCAGGAUCCCUAUUUCCGCCUCUGUCGGCGAGUGGCCGACGACUUGAAGUGGCCGAAGCCUGCGCUGAUCCACUCCAAGUUCCUCCCGGCUCUCCAAGGCCACCAGACCAAGAUGUCCGCCUCGGUGGAGUCCACAGCACUCUACAUGACGGACACCCCCAAGAAGCUCCGGAAGAAGAUCAACAAGAACGCUUUCUCCGGCGGCGGGAAAACAUUGGAGGAGCAGCAGAAGUAUGGGGCCAACUUGGACGUGGACGUGUCCUACCAGUAUUUGAAGAUCUGGUUGGAAGACGACGAAGAGUUGGAGAAGAUCGGCACGGAGUACGCUGCGGGCCGAAUGCUCACAGGAGAGGUGAAGAAGCGCCUGGCUGACGUGGUUGGUGAGAUCGUCGUCGAGCACCAGGAGGCCAGGAAAGAAGUCGACGACGAAGUCCUGAGGCGAUUCAUGGAUCCCGCCCGCGAGGAGCUGAAGCAGUGGAGCGAAAGGAGCAAAGUCAAGACCCUGGCGGCUGAGGGUGCUUAA